AUGUUUACUAUGCGGCCCUUGACACAAACUCCGCCAAGCCCUGUUCUGGGGCCUCGUCCUCCCGGCGGCGCCGCCGAUUCCCACGCGCCCGGGGAGGAGGACCGCGCCGGCGCCGGAGCCGGGAGACGGCUGACAGGGAGGGUCGGGGGCCCUCGGGCGACGCUUAGUGACCGCUCCCUGUGGGGCUUGGCAGAAAGGUCUCGGCCUCCGGCGCUGCCUGAGACGCCUGGGUGGAGCAAGGCCGCUAAGCGUCAGCAACCCGGCUCCUUUCCGCGCCCGCAAAAACACAGCUUCUGGGCGCCCGAGCCGAGCGGGGCCGGCAGCCUCGCGGCCCCCACGUCCUGGCGCGAGGGAGGCGGGGCGCGCCCGGGGGUGGGAGGAGUCAUCCCUCGUGGGCGGGGCGAGCCUCCUGCGCCUUCCGACCUAGAAAGGCGCCUGCGCACUUGUGCUCCGCGGCCGCUCCGAGCUCCUGGCCAUGCUGCAGGCUCUGAGCUGGCCUUCGUGAGGGAGCCCGGGGACAUGGUAGCCGUGCGGGAGCACCCACUGGUGCUGCCCUGCCAGGUGGAGGGUGAGCCGCCCGUGUCCAUUUCCUGGCAGCGGGAUGGGUUGGCUCUGGCCAAUGACAGUGGUGCCACCCUCAUGCCGGAUGGCUCCCUGCAUCUGGCUGCCCUGCCCGCCCGCCGGAGCCUCCCCUCUCGCGCCCACGAGUACCACUGCGUGGCCCAGAACUGCUACAGGCGGCUGGUGAGCCGAUGGGCCCGGGUACAGCUGGCAAGUUUGUCCCGCUUCCACCAACAUCCAGAGUCUGUCAAGGUGGAACGGGGUGGUGUCGCCCGCUUCCAGUGCCUGACCCGGGGGGUGCCUGAGCCCUCCGUUUCCUGGGAGCACAAUGGCACGGCCCUGAGAACUGCCGACCACCUGGUCACACUGCUGCCUGGUGGCAUCCUCCACAUCACCAGCGUGAGCUAGGCUGGUGGGCCUGGCUCACAAGAUGUGGGCACCUACCGCUGCGUGGCCCGCAAUGUGGCCAAUACCCGCCACAGCCAGGAUGCCCAGCUGAGCCUGAGCAGCACGGUGGGAUCCCCGCGGCUGCUGCAGGAGCCAGAGAUCCUGUCGGGGCCUCAGAAUCACACAGUGCACCAAACGGCGGUGCUGGAGUGCAUUGCCACUGGCCACCCACGGCCACUGGUCUCCUGGAGCCGCCUGGAUGGCUGCUCCAUUGGCGUGGAGGGCAUCCAAGUCCUGGGCACCGGGAACCUUAUGAUCUCCGACGUGUCAGUCCAGCACUCGGGCGUCUACGUCUGUGCCGCCAACUGGCCGGGCACCUGUGUCUGGUGCACGGCACAGGGCGUCCUACUAGUGCAGGCUCGUCUUCAGUUUGUCCAGUGACAGUCCUUGUCCAAGCCUCCAGGCAGCAGCGCCAUCUUCACCUGUGUGGCCCAGGGUGUCCCUGAGCCCCAUCUGAUCUGGCUGAAGAAUGGGAAGGUGCUGAGUCCUGGGGAUAACAUUCGGCUGACCCACGACAACAGCACACUGAUGCUGGCAGGGGUCUCAGCUGAGGAUGAGGCCAUCUACCAAUGCACGGCAGAGAAUAGCGCGGGCUCCAACCAGGCCAGUGCCCACCUGGCUGUGACAGGGGACCCAGAGCCACCCACCCCCAGGGGCCUGCAGGCGUUGGCUCUUUCCACCUCUGCCAUUCCAGUGUUUUGGGAACCACCACCCUCCAAUGGCGACAUCAUUGGCUAUAUGCUGCACCUCCGGCCUGUGGGAGGUGGGUCUGGCUGGGAGCUCCAAGAGGCCGUGGGCAAAGGCAGCUUUGAGCACGUUUUCUCCAACCUGGAGCCUGCCACAGCCUACUCCACCCACUUGCGGGCCUACUCAGCGGAGUGUGCCAGCCAGGACUCUGCCUUCAUCCACGCCUCCACGAUGGGCAGCACCCCUGCCGCCCUGGGCUUCUCCACCAAAGUGCUCAACGCUACCUCCGUGCAGGCCUCCUGGGAGCUGCCACCCCAGCUGGGGCCCAUCCAGGGCUUCAAACUCUUUCACCGCAAGCUGCCGGCUUCCCGUUUUGAGGGGCCCCUGCUCCUGGCCAGCAGUGUCAGCUCCUUCCUCUACACAGAUCUGGAGCCAGCUGCUCUCUAUGAGAUCAAGCUCCAGGCAUUCGAUGGCAACGGGGAUGGUAAGAGCAGUGCUCGUUUUGUCUCUUUGCAUGAUGUGCCCCUGGCCACCCCUGACUCCUUUGCAGACAGGGGUCCCAAGAGUGCUGGGCAGUACCUCAGACUGCCUCAGACAGAUCUGGGGACCAUCGAGGCCAGGCUCCGAGUGGAAGGAAGCCAGGGGAGAAGAUUGAACUCAUCACUCAGGUGA